GAGCUUUCUUCGGGAACUAGCCUUGUCGGACUUUAGCAUCGUUCUCUCUGCGUCGCCAUCGAUCUGGCUGCUGCCCAUUGUUCGUGGAGUUCUUCUUCUUCCUCUUCUCCUUCUCCUGUGAUUGGGUGGACCUGUUAUUAUUCGUUUGGGGCUGAUUGCAGAUUGAAGCUCUCCGACAUUAGAAAACCCUUGUUCUCCUCUUUUCAAUGGCGAUCGACAAGAUUUUUAAAGAUGAAGCUAGUGAAGAGAAGGGAGAGCGUGCAAGGAUGGCGUCAUUUGUCGGCGCAAUGGCGAUUGCUGACCUUGUUAAGACUACCUUAGGGCCAAAGGGGAUGGAUAAAAUUUUACAAUCUACUGGUAGAGGACAUGAAGUCACUGUUACGAAUGACGGGGCCACCAUUUUGAAGUCGUUGCACAUAGACAACCCGGCGGCUAAAGUUCUUGUUGACAUCUCAAAAGUUCAAGAUGAUGAGGUUGGCGAUGGAACGACUUCUGUCGUUGUCUUGGCGGGUGAACUUCUGCGGGAAGCCGAAAAGUUGGUGGCUGCAAAGAUUCAUCCUAUGACGAUAAUAUCAGGUUACCGAAUGGCUGCAGAAUGUGCUCGUAAUGCUUUACUGAAAAGAGUUAUGGAUAACAAGGACGAUGCAGAAAAAUUUAGGUCAGACUUGAUGAACAUUGCAAUGACCACAUUAUGCUCCAAGAUUCUCUCACAGGACAAGGAACAUUUUGGACAAAUGGCCGUCGAUGCUGUUUUGAGGCUUAAGGGUAGCACAAACUUAGAAGCUAUUCAAAUCAUCAAGAAACCCGGAGGCUCUCUAAAGGAUUCAUUUCUCGAUGAAGGGUUCAUUCUUGACAAGAAGAUUGGAAUUGGACAACCAAAGCGCAUAGAGAAUGCAAAUAUUUUGGUUGCUAAUACUGCAAUGGAUACUGAUAAAGUGAAAAUCUAUGGUGCACGUGUGCGUGUGGAUUCCAUGUCAAAGGUUGCUGAGAUCGAAGGGGCUGAGAAGGAAAAGAUGAGAGAAAAAGUUCAGAAGAUCCUAUGCCACGGGAUCAACUGCUUUGUCAAUAGACAGUUGAUCUACAAUUUCCCCGAGGAACUCUUUGCAGAUGCUGGUGUACUCGCAAUCGAGCAUGCUGACUUUGACGGGAUAGAACGCCUUGCUUUGGUUACGGGCGGUGAGAUUGCUUCAACCUUUGACAACCCAGAGUCUGUUAAGCUUGGACACUGCAAACUCAUCGAAGAGAUCAUGAUUGGCGAGGACAAGUUGAUCCAUUUCUCCGGUGUUGAGAUGGGUGAGGCUUGUUCGAUUGUUCUAAGGGGUGCCAGCCAGCAUGUUCUCGACGAGGCAGAAAGAUCCCUCCAUGAUGCCUUGUGUGUGCUUUCUCAAACUGUGAACGACACAAGGGUUCUGCUUGGAGGUGGAUGGCCAGAGAUGGUGAUGGCGAAAGAAGUGGAUGAGCUGGCCCGGAAAACCGCUGGCAAAAAGUCUCAUGCCAUUGAAGCCUUCUCACGUGCUCUCGUGGCUAUCCCAACCACCAUUGCUGACAAUGCCGGCCUAGACAGUGCAGAGUUGGUCGCCCAACUCCGAGCCGAGCAUCACGACGAAGGGUCUAAUGCAGGAAUCGACGUCAUCUCUGGAUCUGUGGGGGACAUGGGGGAGCGUGGAAUCUACGAGGCGUUCAAAGUGAAGCAAGCUGUUCUGUUAUCGGCGACAGAAGCGGCUGAGAUGAUUCUCCGAGUAGAUGAGAUCAUCAAAUGUGCUCCCAGGAGGAGGGAAGACAGGAUGUGAUGAAGCAACUCUCUUCCCCUUCUUAAGAUUCUGCUUGUCUUUUUGUCUCCACUAGUGUAUGAUGUUCCGAGCCAUCGUUAUUCCCUUCCAAUCUUUUCUUUUUCCUGCAAAAAUCAUUUAUGGUUUUGAUUUUGACUCGUUAAGUGUUGGUCGGAUCUUGUUUAUUUCAUUUGCCUAAUGUUUUCUUCUAUAUGUGUCAAUCACCAUAUUAACAAUGUGCUUUA